CAUGGUCCAUGAGAAGCGAGAGCCGACGCACCAGGACAGGCGAGGAAUCUCGAGUCACUCCCACCUGAAGCAUUUUCUUCUGUCUGGGGUGAUAUCACUUUUGGCUAAUUGUGGCUCUCGUCCACAUAGCUGAGACAUGACACAGCCACCGCUGAGCUCAUGCAUGUGGAUUUACUUUUAUUCCUGUUUGUGUGUCAGCUAGGUGUUUUGCUGCGGCCUGCAGCUGUUUCAUCUUGCAUCAUCAUCAUAAUCAUCAUCAUCAUCGCCUGCUUUGUCCACUUCUCCGCAGCCUUUUAAUGCCAUUAAGGUCUUGAUUCCGUUGCCAAUCUGGAUCACUUGGAAUCAGAGCACAACAGAAGGACGCUGAUCUGGCAAAACACACACGUACACACAACUCCACUAACACGUUAACGUUCACCCUUGAUUCUAUUCUGGUUCACUUAUCUAUUUGGUUUCAAAUGGAACUCAUUUAGGCUUUUCUUUAAUUCACCUGCAUGGGUGCACGUUUGGGGUCAUGUUUGGGGUCAUUGUGUGGCACAGGACAACGCCAUCCAGGUGACCUGCUGAUUGAGGAACAACACAACAACACCAGCAGGAUGUGGUGAAUUAUUUGACACGCUGGACAUGUCAACCUGCACAAGAUAUCCAUCAGAAGCGAUGGAAAAAUGGCGUUCGUGGGCCACGAUGAUGACGAACGGUGGGAGCAGCAGGCUGUACACGGUGGAGGACGUCAGGAAACAAGACCAUGACAAGGAGGGGUGCAGGCGACUGAGGCUCACGCUACACGAGCAGAAGCAAGCGGCUCCGCCAUCGCAGCGCCAGCACAGCGGAGAUAAGCCGGUUGGACGUGCCUUCGCGCUGGUGCAGCCCCCCCACGACAGGACGCUUGUGCCCCCCCAGCCCGUCAAGGCCAAAGAGGAGCAGGUGGAGGUUAUCAAGGUGUAUUUGGAGGCUCGCAGACAAGAGAACCAGAAACAGAGUGAGAACCUGAAGAUGCUGUCCGAUGAAGUUUCCCAGAUCCAAGAGGUGAGGUACUGCCUGAAGACACUGAGGGAGCAGAUGGCGUCCAAAAGUAAGAUGCACACAAACGGCUGGAAGGUCCCCUCCCCAUUCAAGAAGCAAGCCUCCCCCAGCCAGAAAGGCGGAGACAAAAGUGAUGGACAGGAGGCAGGCGACGAGGCGGAGAGGACCAAGCUGAGAGAAGUGAGUAAGCGUCUGUACGCGCAGCUUCAAGACGCGGAGAAGAAGCACCAGGAGGAGAGGGAGAAGCUCCAGGCUGAAGGCAGCAUGUUGAGGGAGCGUCUCAGCGAGCAGCAGGAGAAGUUGAAGAGCAGCGAAGAAGACGUGGAAAUGAAAGACCAGCGCAUCGAGGAGCUCCAGAGGUUACUGGGAGGAAUGGAGAAGGAGAGCGCCGCCUUGAGGGAGACCAUUCGCAACCACCAAGAGGAACUGCGCGAGCUACGCCACAUCCGGGAGGAAGGCCCGGAAGGAGAGCAAAGGGCAGAGCAGCUGGAGAAGGAGGUGGCCAUCCUCAAAGAGAAGAUCCACCAUUUGGACGACAUGCUGAAAAGCCAGCAGAGGAAAGUCAGGCACAUGAUUGAACAGCUCCAGAACUCUCGCAUGGUGAUCCAGGAACGGGAUCGUGUGAUCAAAGAGCUGGAGGAGAAGGUCGCUUUCCUGGAGGCUGAGAACCGAGAGAUGCGUGACCAGAUGGACUACUUCCUGGGAGGGUCAAAAAGUCAUUCUUACCUUUCGUCCGAACGCAACCCGCAGAUUGUCUACAGUAAGCCCAUCAAGCCGACCACGUCCUCGUCCAACAAACCCCUGCCGUUCAUCAAGGUGAUUGAAAUCAAGUCCUGAGGCCGUCGGUGAAAGCUUUUCUUUAUUUGUAUUUUUUAUUUCCACCACCAAGUUUUUCCUCCCGUAUGCGGACUGAAAGUAAGCUCUAGCACUCCCCCGCCUGAAAGGAGUCAGACUGCAACAGAUACUUUCAUUUAGCCUCCUGAAGGACGCAGUGCACUUGUAGCGUGUGCUUUAUAGAGCGGGCUUCCUGUACAGACACGCCGAUGUACUUAUUGCGUAAUGUGUGCUCUGCUCGGAGAGGUGUGAGAUUUGAAACGGUAACUAGCAUCGAUUGUUUUGUGUCUCCCGUCGCUCUCCAGCGUGUAGUAUGAAGUUUGACAACUCUAAAGGCUACUUUGACGUAUUUUUUUCUGUGAUAACCACGUGGUUAUUUAACGUAAGCACUUACUGAAAUUGUGCAGAAGGUGAAAACUGUUAAAGAUGAAGUGUCACUCAUUUUGAAAAAAAAAACAUCCUGCAAAGCAUUUCAUUCAUUUUUUCAACAGCUUUCUAAUUUGUAUUUAUUUAUAUUCUAAUAAAAGCUUUCCACUAA